AUGGGAGAGGAAGCGGCCGCGCCCACCGUGGCAGCAGCGGCAGGGAGUGCCCCGCCGCACCUGCUGCUGAUAUGCUUCCCGGGGCAGGGCCACGUGAACCCGAUGCUCCGCCUGGCGAAGCGCAUCGCGGCCAAGGGCUUCCUGGUGACCUUCUCCUCGGUCUCCACCGUCGGCGCGAAGCUGGCCGCGUCCGCGGGCGGCGACGGCGUGCCGGUGGGGCGGGGCCGCGUCCGGUUCGAGUUCCUGGACGACGAAGACCCCGGGCCCGACCUGGACGACCUCAUGCGCCACCUCGCCAAGGACGGCCCCCCGGCGUUCGCGAAACUCCUCGCGCGGCAGGCGGCGGACGGCCGGCCCGUGGCGUGCGUGGUGGUGAACCCGUUCAUGCCGUGGGCGGCCGACGUGGCCGCCGACGCCGGGAUCCCGUCGGCGGUGCUGUGGGUGCAGUCGUGCGCGGUGUUCUCGCUCUACUACCACCACGUGCACGGCCUCGUGGAGUUCCCGCGCGAGGACGACCUCGACGCGCGGUUCUCGCUGCCGGGCCUCCCCGAGAUGUCCGUCGCCGACGUGCCGUCGUUCCUGCUCCCGUCCAACCCGUACAAGCUGCUGGUGGACGCGAUCAUCGCGCAGUUCCGCACCAUCGGCCGCGCGUCGUGGGUGCUCGUCAACUCCUUCACGGAGCUGGAGCGCGACGUCGCCGCGGCGCUCCCCGGCGUCACGCCGCGCCCGCCGGAGCUCAUCCCCGUGGGCCCGCUCAUCGAGCUCGACGGUCAGGAUGACGGCAGCGACGGCGCGGUGCGCGGCGACCUGAUGAAGGCCGCGGACGACUGCGUGGAGUGGCUGGACGCGCAGCCCCCGCGCUCCGUGGUGUACGCGUCGGUGGGCAGCGUGGUGCUGCUCAAUGCGGAGGAGGUGGGCGAGAUGGCGCACGGGCUCGCCGCCACGGGGCGUCCCUUCCUGUGGGUGGUCCGGCCCGACACCCAGGAGCACCUCCCGGAGGGGUUCCUGGACGCCGUGGCCGGGCGCGGCACGUGGGGCGACCAGUGCACGGACGCCAAGUUCCUGGUGGAGGAGCUCAGGAUGGGGGUCCGCCUCCGCGGCGGGCCGCUGCGGCGGGACGCCGUGCGGGAGGCGGUGGAAGACGCCGUGGCCGGGCCCGACGCCGACGCCAUGCUCGCCAGCGCCAGGAGGUGGAGCGCCGCGGCAAGGGAGGCCGUGGCGCCCGGCGGGUACUCGGACGCGCACGUCCAGGCGUUCGUGGACGAGGUGGCCCGCCGAGCGUGUGGCGUGCAAGCGGCUAAGGUCGUGCCGCCGCCGUCGUCAGAGACUCCUCCUCCUAGUUGA